AUGUCAAUUUGUAUUGGGAAUGGUGCGAUGCGUCAUCAAAUUCUAUCGGGCGCUGUAUUAAGUUCGGGUAUAGGGUGUGUAGUUGAUGGCGUCUUUCUAGAGGACCAGACCGGUAUAUAUAUGUUAAAGCAGAUAACCCUAAAGAACAAGAAGCUUGAGGGAGUCACACUGGACUUAUUGUGUAAAGUACUGACCUCGUUACUGAUUCCAAUACAGUCAAAAGAAUUCGAACAAGUGCAAACUGUUGAAGGGUUUGUGGAUGGGUUAAUGGAGUAUAUAGACAAUUACUCCAUCUGUGAUUAUAUCAUCGCUUUAUUAAAGUUGGAUGUGUUUCACCAAAAUAGCAGAAGCAUCCAAUGGUUCUGUGAACAAAGUUUCAUCACAAAACUGCUGAACGUGUUUUUGGAGACGCCCGUCUCGAUCGACCGCAUUGAAAGUGUUGCGCGUAUUAUCAAUGAAAUAGUCAUCUGGAGACAUUCCCAUCAGAUCGGAGCUGCCGCUAAUGUCUUUGUCGACUUUUUUAACACCGACAAAAGUCUCGACCAAUUUGUCACCCUUGUCUUUUCAAGCGAAAUGAAGGAGAUCCGGGAGUUUGGACUGAUGGUCAUAUCAGACAUGUUGACCUGCAACACAUCACGUAGCGAUUUGUGCACAAUACCCGUGGGAGGAUUGCCUGCCAUUUUUAAGAACCUUGUCUCACACUUUGAGAACAUGCAACUUCUGCUUCAAACCAAAAACGAAGGGUUUGUUGGACAAACUAAAAUACGUCUUGGGUUUAUAGUCUUGUCGUUGUUACUCUCAAACUACAGUGUCAUUUAUACUCUUGUCGACGAACACGGAUUUUUAGACUCACUUUUGGACAUCUUCUAUGACACUACACAUCAAUGCACCAUAUUCAGACAAAUAGUGUACAACAUCAUCGAUACUGUCGUACAACGCCCUAUCGGAGAGAUGAAGUACAGACUCUUGAAAGAUAACGCUCUGUUGGAAAGAAUGAUAGACGUCGACGUGGAGGCAUUGAAAAUACACGAGAAGACCAAUUUCUACCCUGACUACUUCUUAAUCAAUUCGAUGAUGAUGUACAAUAUUUACAAAAACAAGGAGAUCAACACACCAAAGUUCAGUGCUAAACUGGACAACCAAAAAUUCACUUCUUACGUUGAAGACAUCAUAGUUGCACGAACGGAGGCGACGAGUGUACACUUUGGAAAGAAACACAGCCCAGACAACUACUUUGAUACAAACACAUACACCAACUUCUUGCUCAAUUCACAGAAGAGAGGUGACGACGACGACUUGUUCUAA